CGGUGUCGCGUGGUGGAUUGUGGGCAUUUCUAUAGUAGCAGUUUGAAGUGAGAUAUUUUGGUUGUGGAUUUACGUUGUCAGGAUGCCGGAGCUUGCAGUAGAAAGAGUUGUUGUGCAUCCGCUCGUGCUUCUCAGUGUUGUUGAUCACUUUAACAGAAUUGGAAAAAUUGGUAAUCAGAAACGAGUGGUUGGUGUGUUGCUUGGCUCUUGGCACAAGAAGCUACUUGAUGUGUCUAACAGCUUUGCAGUUCCCUUUGAUGAAGAUGACAAAGAUGAUAGCGUGUGGUUUUUAGACCAUGAUUACCUGGAGAACAUGUAUGGGAUGUUUAAAAAAGUCAAUGCUAGAGAGCGAAUAGUUGGCUGGUACCACACUGGUCCAAAGCUUCACAAAAAUGACAUUGCAAUUAAUGAGUUAAUGAAGCGAUACUGUCCUAAUUCAGUGCUGGUAAUCAUUGAUGUGAAGCCAAAGGACCUUGGAUUGCCAACAGAAGCCUAUAUAUCUGUUGAGGAGGUUCAUGAUGAUGGAACACCGACUUCUAAGACUUUUGAACAUGUGACUAGUGAAAUUGGAGCUGAAGAAGCUGAGGAGGUUGGGGUAGAGCAUUUACUGCGUGAUAUCAAGGAUACCACAGUGGGGACCUUGUCCCAGCGAAUUACUAACCAGGUUCAGGGCCUUAAGGGACUGAAUUCUAAACUGUUGGACAUCAAAUCUUAUCUAGAGAAAGUGGCAGUUGGCAAACUUCCUAUCAACCAUCAAAUCAUCUACCAACUUCAAGAUGUAUUCAAUCUUCUUCCUGAUGUUAACUUGCAUGAAUUUGUUAAAGCUUUCUACUUGAAGACCAAUGACCAGAUGUUAGUGGUAUACCUUGCAUCACUGAUCCGUUCAGUUGUUGCUCUUCAUAACCUUAUUAACAAUAAGAUUGCAAACCGAGAUGCAGAGAAAAAAGAAGGGCAAGACAAAGACGAAGGUAAAAAAGAGAAAAAAGAAGAAAAGGAAAAAGAAAAGGAAAAGGGUGAUGUUAAGAAAGAGGACAAAAAGGAUAAAAAAUAAAGCACAUAAAUCUUUUUACUUGUACAUUUAGAAAGACUACCAUUUGUUAAGGGAAGCUGCUGGCAGUUUUUAGGGAGCUGCUGCCUGACUACCAGAUGAGUACUUCACUUGUAUGACUGCAGUAGGCAUUUUGCAUGCAUCUGCAUACUGUGGGAUGGACUUAAGAAAUGCUGAAUUGCCACUGGUUCAUAUUUAUGACUGAACAGUCCCACUUAAAAUCUGGUACAGAGAGAAGCAAGUGGAAUGGUGGUAGAACCUCUUUCAAUCAGGGUUUUUGAUAUGUUCUGCACAAUUGUCUAGUGUAAGAUGUAGCCAUCCAAACCAAGUCUGAGCUAAGGUUUCUGUAAGAACAUCAUUUAGACAAAGUCAUUUUUCUGUUUAGUACUGCUAGUACAGCACCCAGUUUUUUUCCCCAAGUGUGUAAAUUUUUUCUUGCACAACAGUCUUGAUGGUAUUGUUUUUCCAGAAUACUCGCUGAUGUAUUUCUCAGUGCCACAUGCAGUUUGAGCCAAGUUUGGCCACUCUUUCUUGGUGAUAAAAUAAGAGUCAUUAAAAGCAUACAAGUUGCAAGUUACUAAAGUAA